AUGGCAUCUUUUGACACCGAGUCCUCUGCUGGACUUGAAAACGCAACUUAUGACUUUGUGAUUGUUGGAGGAGGUACUGCUGGCCUUGUGGUGGCCAACCGACUCACUGAAAACCCCGAUAUCCGUGUCCUUGUUUUGGAAGCCGGAACAAACCGUCUCAAUGACCCUCGAGUUAUUGUCCCUGGCUUAGCACCAGCGACAUAUGAAGACGAGGACUUUGAUUGGAACUUCCGAUCAUGUCCCCAGGAACAACUCAAUGGCCGCAAGCUCUUAGCCAACAAAGGCCGCACUUUGGGAGGCUCCUCGGCGAUUAAUCUGGGAAUAGUCAUCUAUCCUUCUCGGUCUGGGUUGAAUGCCUGGGAAAAAUUGGGCAAUCCCGGCUGGGGAUGGGACGGAAUGGCCCCAUAUGUUCGCAAAUUCCAUACGGCUGCACCCCCAUCGGAUAACAACCGUGAUUUCUUCAAGGGGAUGAAAUAUGACCAGAAGGAUCAGGGUAACACAGGUCCUGUUCAAGUGUCGUUUGGAGAUCAGUACAUGCCAUACCAUGCGGCAUGGAUGGACACCUUCAAGGCCCUUGGAUACCCACAAGAUGAGGAUCCAAUCAAUGGCGCCGGUACAGGUCCCUUCGUGAGCCCCGGUCUUGUGGAUCCAGUGACCCAUGCUAGAAGCCAUGCUGCAGCUGCGUAUCUGGGGCCGGAGGUCCAAGCUCGGUCGAACCUCCGCGUCGUAACCGGAGCCUGGGUUGAAAAGAUUAUCAUCGAGAAGGGGAGCAAUGGUGAGAAUGCCGUUGCUACAGGUAUUAGGUUCAGCAAGAACUCGGAUAUAUACACUGUUUCAGUCGCGAAAGAGGUUAUCCUUGCCGCUGGAACAACCCAGUCCUCCCAGAUCUUAGAAUUGUCAGGUGUUGGAGAUGAAACUCUCCUUCAGUCCCACGGAAUCCCGACAAUCAUCAACAAUCCCGGUGUUGGCGAGAACCUACAAGAUCACGGUAUUGUCUCUUUUGGAUAUGAAGUCGCAGACGGUAUGCCAUCGGGCGAUAUGGCGAGGGAUCCCGCCGUUGCCGGUGCUGCCAUGGCCGCUUAUCAGAAGGAUGGCUCCGGACCCCUCGGCAUGGUGGCGCUGGUCUCUGCAUUUAUGCCGCUUGUAGACACCUCCGAAGACGAGCGGAAUCAGCUACUCCAGGAGCUCCAGGCAUCAAUAGAUAGCCCUGAAACCUCACGGACACACAAGAAGCAAUUCGAAGCAUUACACACCCUGCUCCAGAACCCCGACGAGCCCACCGUACAAUAUAUCCUAGCGCCAUUCCAGCUUCUACCCCGGGAAGGAGAAUACCCCAAGCGUCUUUUCGGUCUCGGACACCCAGGCUUCUUUAUCAGUCUUGUUUCUCUGCUCAGCUACCCUCUAUCACGAGGAUCCGUCCAUAUCCAAUCUCCCGAUCCCAAGGCUUCUCCUCUCAUUGAUCACGGAAUACUCCGUCACCCAGUUGAUGUGGAGAUGCAAGCUCGGCAUAGUAUGUGGAUGGACAAGAUUGCUGAUACGGCACCGCUAGCAUCGCUACUGAAGAAGGGUGGCGAGCGCCUCCACACACCGGAGCCUUUGACGGACCUCGAGAAGGCAAAGGAGCUGUGCAAAGAGCUCGUCUUGUCUAUGUACCACACCAGUGGUACCUGUGCAAUGAUGCCGCAAGAAGAUGGCGGUGUUGUGGAUUCUCACCUGAAGGUGUACGGCUCGGCUAAUAUCCGUGUUGUCGAUGCUAGUAUCUUCCCCUUGGAGCCGAGAGGCAAUAUCCAAGCAACUGUAUUUGCGGUUGCUGAGAAGGCUGCAGACAUCAUCAAGCAGGACCUGAACUAG